AUGGUUGGGCUUCAGAUUUUCGCCAGGCCACGUGUGUCACCAGCGGCAAAGGAGGAACAAACUGAGAAGCCAUCGGCCUCCGCUCCUAGGGGGCAACCUCCACUUACCGAGGUAGUGGUGCGGGUCUCCACCGGGAGAUGGGCCGGCGAUCACAAGGCGGUCGUUCUUCAAAAAGGCCGCACCCAGUCGACCCGGAAGAAGUUGACUGCCACUGAGGAGCUUCAGCAGUUGCAAGGAGUGUGGGAAUUGAAAGACCUGGUUUCCAAAGGAUCCAAGGAGAGGCUUCCUGCCGACAAGGCCGAGGCAAAGAUUUACGUUAGAGGUAAGCGCGUGGAAGAAAGCACGGCUGAUGGACAUCGUCGAUUUUUCAAUUUGGUGCUUGCAGAAAAAGCUCGUGACCCGACGUGCAUGGAGGUGGCAUCUAAAGGGGGUUGUGCGAGAGGGACCAAACGACCGCGGCAAGAAGAUCUUGCCGGAGACCGCAGAGACAAGCGGCAUGCCUUGCCCCCACUGCAGGGCCCACACACGCUGGAGAAUGUGAAGAAUGUGCGCCAGAAAGCUGCCAAGGCAAAAGGUAAAGGCAAGCAGGCAGGAAAGACGCAUGUGCCAGGUCAUUGGAUGCUGCUCCACCACACCCCCAAAUUGCUCAUAUUGAGGGAUGGGUCUUCCGCGGAAGAUCCGCUCUGGUGGCAUCCAGAGGAGCAGGCAGCAUGGUCUCGUGGUGGACACUCGGAAGAAACCCUGACUGUCAGGUACACCAACGACGAGCACACAGAAAAGCUUUUGCGACAUGCGCAUGACCCCCCGCACACUUGGCGCACCAGCAAGGGCGUGGCAGUGAUGGUCUUGGCAGCCAAGUCCAAAAGCAAGCACAGGUGA